AUGCAGAUUUCGUUCAUCUUGUGUGUCCUCAUUGGCACAUUCUUGCACCCAGCACAGGGUGAGGUGGUGGAGAAUUUCUGGGAUUCACCGGACUGCCUGAAGUUCUUCUACAAGAAUACAGUUCCAGAGUUGGGAUCUACACAGGCAGAUGUUGUGCUUUUAUGUCAGCGCUUUUUGAACACGUAUCACUUUGCCACGCUGUACAACACAUACUACCACAUUGCUGUCUAUUCUGCGUACAUCUUUGAGCCGAGCAAUGGAGGAGGAAGAGAUAAGAACUGGUAUCUUGAACCACAGUUGAUCAACGACACAUGGUCGGGUGAAAUGACAGAUGGGUAUAAGCUAUGGAGGGAGAAUCCUGGCGUCUACCUGGGAGAGAGGCAGGCUCUGGAUGAGGACUACACGAACUCAGGUUUUGACCGUGGACACCUGAACCCUAAUGGACAUCAUGCAGUUCCAGGUCGUAAUUCCACCUUUACGCUGACCAACGUGGUGCCCCAAAACCCCAAGCUGAACCAGAAUGCUUGGCGUCUACACGAGUCAAAAAUGACCAACAUGUUUAAAGCAGACUGUCAUCAGGCCUAUGUGCUGGUUGGUGCCAUCCCUUCUUUAAACAACUGGAUCAUAAAGAACAAUGUCAAGAGGGUGAACAUCCCAGAGUACAUCUGGAACGCCUACUGCUGCGUAGAUCAAAAUGGCCGCCCCGUCUAUAGCGGGGCCGCUACUGCAGUCAACACCGAGCUGAAUGUUGUUGUGGAACAUACUUUAGAUGAGAUGGUCGAUUUUCUUCAGCAAUACUCAGAUACACCAGUGGGGGAGCUGUUCAGUGGCCAAUGCAAGGCCUGA